AUGGCACGUAAAAACAUCGCGUUCGUUGCGAAAAGCCGUUAUGUAAAUAAAACGCGGUGAGAAGAGUGGACUCAACUUUGAGGGUGGGGAUUUUAUGGGCGCCGAAAUUUGCAUAUCGCAUUUAUUGGAAAGUUUCCCAAGACAGUUUUUUUUGGCGAAUGUUCAUGGUGCUCGAGAAAAACUGAAGCCACAAAUUGUAUAGUAAAAAUAAGAAGAGUAUAUCAAAAAAUAGAUGAAGAGAAAAAUGAUUAGUAAUCGAGAUUCAGAACGAGAAAAUAAAGGUCGUAUUAAGAUGAUGGACUGAAAAUUGAUGGUUUGACAUUUGGCUGGUUUUUGGGACUAAAAUUUUUUUAAAAGGGAAUCUCUUGAGGUGCUUGCUAACAGGGGAAGUACUCCAAGUGCGACGCUCAGAUUUUCUUUAAAUUUUGCACACACGUCGGGUAUGGACCAAAUAUCAAUUCCUGAAAGUUUUAGCUCCCGCUUUGCGGGCGCCGCCGAGAUAUCGAACGAUUUUUGCUGUCGAGAGAGCACGUUAAACGUGGAGAGCGGUCAGAAAGAAGAGCGCUUUUUGGCCAUAACUUUGGCAGUUUCGUGCGAAAAAAUUUGAUUUCUUGUAGAAACAUUAUCCUUUACGGUUGAAGUAGGCAUGAAACUUUUCGUGCCGAAAUUCGGCAAAAAGUCCUAAAUUUUCUCCGACUUUCGAUCUAAGAAUCUCGGUAGUUUCUGCAAAGCGCGAGCUAGGAUUCUCGCAUGAAAAGGUUAUUCUAAAUUUGUGCCAAGUUUCAUCAAAAUCUGCGCGUCGCACUUGGAGUACUUCCCCUGUAAACGUCGCGUGCGGUCAGAGACAAGAACGCUUUUUGGCUGCAUCUUUGACAGUUUCGUGGUGAAAAAAUAUGUUUUUGCGGAAACAUUGCUCUCUACAGUAGAAAUGGGUGUGUAACUUUCCACGCUACCAUACUAAAAUUCGCAAAAAGUUACACAUUUUUUUAAACUUUCGAUCUAAAAAACUCGAUGAUUUACACAAAGCGCCCUUUUAUUUUCUAUAUAUUGAAUUUGCGAUCAUAAGGUACAAAUCCCAAGGAAUAAAACGCCAACACUCCCAAAACGCCUCCAGAAAUCGCAGUGCGAUUGCUGGAGAUAAAGUCAGGAGAAGAAAAUUCAGCUAAAAAUGGCUGUGAUUCAGCCCCCAAAACAUUUUCUCUCCCGAUUUCGAACAGACGAACCAAAAAAUUGCCCGAAGAAACAGUCCAUUUCUUAAUGUCAUUUUCAGCAUUCAGAAGGAUGGAGAAGAUAAAAAUGGAAAUAAAGAACAGUCGAAAUCGACGAUAAGGUGUUGAUGAAACUUUGUAAAAAGAGGGAGUAAAAUUUCAAAAAAAUUUUUUUUGAGGUUUAUAGCUCGAAUGUUGCAGAAAGAACCAAAUUUUUCUUGUGAAAAAUGCUAAAAAAAUCGAUUUUUUACCACUUGUUGUGAUGAAAAAUUGGAUAUCUUGCUUGACAUGGGUAAGACAAUGUUUCGACAAAAAAUCACUUUUUUCCGCGCGAAAUUUGCAAAGAUACGAAAGAAAAACGUUUUUUCUCUCUUCAUCCCUCAUAAUUUUUCAUAGUCUCUCGCCAUCAAAUUUUUUUGAAAGCCAAAACAUUCAACAAUCCUUGGAGACAAUAGACUAUGGAAAAUGAGGAAAGUCGGUCAGAGAAUAAACAAGUUUUUGGCCAUGUAUUUGCGAAUUUUUGGUGGAAAAAAUAAUUGAUUUUUGUGGAGUUGUACUUCACACGUUGAAAAAGAUAUGAAAUUUUCACUGUAAAAAACUGAAAUUUUUCGAUACUUUUUUGAGCUAUCAGUCUGUCGGGAAAAUAAUGAGGACUUUGUCGCACUGAAAAUCGCAUCGCCGCCGAGAAAAUGAAAUGUAUCGCGGCAAAAUCAAAAAAUUUUUUUCUUCAGUGGCGCGAUCAGCGCAGCGGCAUUGUACUCAUUAUUUUCCCGACAGACUGAUAGCCCAAAAUAGUACCGAAAAAUUUCAGUUUUUUGCAACAAAAAUUCCAUCUUGAUAGUUGUUGCAAAGGACGGUAAAAAGCUCCCCUAGACCUUCGAAAAUAUGCAUGACUCUUAAUAUAAGAGCGAAGGAAUAAGAAUUUUUUCUCGAGCUCGAUAAUGUUUGCUGGAUUCGCUACCAAUUUCGAAAAGUAGCGGAAACCUCAAUUUGCAACCUCCAAAAAAGACGUCGGAAGCAAAUCGGCCAUUUUGCGACGGCGCAAAAUUGGGAGGUAGCAAAUCGGCCCUUUUGCGACGGCGCAAAAUUGGCAGGUAGCAAAUCCAUGGAUUUGCGACGUCCCAAAAAAGCCCCGCCCCCUCAAUUUUUCAGCCAUCACGUUUUGGCUUUUUUGACGGAAAAACACCGUUUAGGGUGAAAAACUUAGCUGAUAAAUCGUACAUUUACGAAAUUAUGAAUAAUAAAAACGUCCCUCUUCAUCGUUAUAUUAUUUAUUAAUAAAAGACGUACGUUUUCAUGUAAAAUAUGCGGGGUUUCCACAAUAUUGUCUAAAUACGGCCGAAUAGUCGAUGGAUGGGGUUGAAGAACAUGGCCGCUUACAGAUCUUUCUGGAAAUCGAAAUCAAUAUAAAUUUCCUUCUGAUUAGAAAAAAAGCCUUCUGUUACCUCAUAGUUCAUGUGUCUAAUCCAAGCAUCGAAACGGACAUAAUGUUGAGCAAAAAUACGGCCGACUGGAGUGAAACCGAGUUCCAGGCAACAAUUUAUUACCUAAAAACAGAAUAAUAAUACUUAAAUCAAAUCUUACCUCCUUUAACAACUACCACACGGCUUUUCCCUUGUCCGAUUUCGUUGUUUCUGCCUCCUGAAAACGGUUUGUAAGACUCUUGCCAUGAACAAUAUAAAAAAAAUUGGAAAUCUCGUCUAAAGUCAAAAAAUAAUAACAAAACAGCUUACCAUGGCUAAAAACGGUUGAUUUGAUUGAUAACGCCGAGGACAUCCUUGUUAUUGGACCUAAAAUCCGUUCUCGGACUGCGUGGCAUUUCGUUUUCACGGGCCGCGAAAACAUUCGCAACUUCAUAAAUUCUUUUUUUCCUGUUUUCUUAUGUUUCUUUUUGUUGAAAUUGGCCAAAUAGAUGCAGAGAAGCUGAAUUAGAAGACAAACCGGCUCAAGGUGAUCGCCAUAAACAUCGAGGACGAAAUCGGCGGGCAAAAAAGGCUUUUUGACUCCAUGGUAAGUUGUUUUUUUUUUAUUAUUUUUUUAUUUUAGACGAGAUUUCCAAUUUUUUUCUAGGCAAGAGCCUUAUAAAUCGUACACAGGCGGCAGAAAUAAUGAAAUCGAACAAGGGAAUGGCCAAGUGGUAGUUGCUAAAGGAGGUAAGAUUGGAUUUAAGUAUUCUUAUUCUGUUUUUAGGUAACAAAUUAUUACCUGGAAUUCCGAUUUCACUCCCGUCGGCCAUAUUUUUGCUCAAAGCUAUGCCCAUUUCGAUGCUCGGAUUAGACACAUGCAAUAUGAGGUAA